GUGUCCCUCUCUCCCCAUCACCUCAAAAACCUCUCAAACCCCACCGGUCCACCACCACCACCACCGCGCCCCAGUCGCCAGCCCCGCAACACGACGCGGCAGGAAGGCGCCAUGGCCACCACCCGCGACGUCUCCACCGCCGCCGCCAUGUUCAACGUCUACCAGCCCCUGCCGGCGCUCUCCACGGCCGCGCCCGCAGCGGCGGCCGACGGCGGCGGCGGCGCCAUGGCGGCGGUCCCCGCGAAGCCGGUCAAGAAGGAGGGCGGCGGCGGGAAGGACCGGCACAGCAAGGUGAACGGGCGCGGGCGGCGCGUGCGCAUGCCGAUCGUGUGCGCGGCGCGCGUGUUCCAGCUCACCCGCGAGCUGGGGCUCAAGUCCGACGGCCAGACCAUCGAGUGGCUGCUCCGCCAGGCCGAGCCUUCCAUCCUCGCCGCCACGGGGUCGGGCACCACCCCGGCCGUCUUCGUCUCCUCCUCCGCGCCGUCCACGUCCUCCUCCUCCUCCCACCACCACCAGCAGACCGUCCUCGGCAAGCGCCCGCGCGAGGAAGGCGACGCCGCGGCGGCUGCGUCCGCGUUCUGGGCGGCCCUGCCGGCGCCGCCGCGGACGACGGAGGCCUGGGGCUUCUCGCCGCUGGAGGCGCAGGCGGCGGCGGCGGCCGCCGCCGCGGCCGCGUACGUGCCCAUGGCGCAGGCGCACCACCACCACCUCAACCUGCUCGCCGCGCUCUCCGGCGCCGCCCGGCGCGCCGAGGAGGAGACCCGGUGACUCGAUCCGCCGCAGCUCCUGACACCUCCUACACGCGUCGCUCGCGCAUUGAUCUCUGUCCGCCUCUUCUUGGCAGCGUUCUUGGCUUGUUUUGUGCUUGAUCUCCUCCACCAGUCAGUCCGUCCAUUGGCGUGUCUUGUGUGUCGUCCAAGAUUCGAUGAAAGAAGAUUGCUGUGGUGCCUGCCUAGUGCUAACUGUAAAUACCAGUCCUUGGUUAGAUCUUACUACAUUCGGGUUAAACUAAACCGUGCAGCUCGCGUCGGGGUAUGCCGGUCUGUGCUAGGUUUUCUGCGCCUUUUGAUUCCAUGGAACUUGUUUCAGUUAGCAUCUUGUCUGUAUCAUCUGCCCAAGAAGUCAUUUAGUACGAGCAUCAAUUCCUAAA